UUAUCAUUUUGAAAAGAGUUGAUUCUGCUUCCAUUGUAUUUGUGGAACAUAUAUUGGUUUAGGUCACCGUCUUCAAGUUUAUAUUGAAAGAGCACUGUACUUACGUGCUUAUAUAUCAUGGCGGACUUCGUUCUAGAGAAAGCAUUCGAAGCACUAUAUGCUGGCGUUGAAGACCUGAUCGUCAAGAACUAUAUCUUCAAGUCUGUCUUCAACGACGCCAAAUCCAGGCUCGACGAUUUGGCACCACUGAUCAAGGAGAUGGCGCAAUAUAACCAGAAAAUGAAUAGGCCAGAGAUGAGACUGGAAGCUUUAAAGAGAGUCAUGGAGAAAGGCCAAGAGCUAGUCAACAAGUGUUCAACGAUUACGCGAUGGAGCCCCUUCAAAAAAUACAAGUACGCCAGGAAGCUUCUACAAUGGGAGGAAUCUCUUAAAACACCGUUAGAGAUGCUUAAAGUGCAAGAAACACUGCAAGUAAUGAGGAUCGACGUCGCGGUUGAUGAUAUUCAUAGCAUGAUGGUGAAGCAACAAUCUGCAGAAAGUUCAAGUUGCAACACACGGCUUGAACUUCCACCUCUUCCACGGCUUAUAGUUGGAAUGGAUGCUCCUCUGAAGGACUUGAAGGAAAAGCUUCUUUACGAUGAUGGGGUGUCAAUGCUUGUGCUCACUGCUCCUGGCGGCUGUGGGAAAACGACUUUGGCAACAAUGUUUUGUCAAGAUGAAGAGGUCAAAGGUAAAUUCAAGAACAAUAUUCUCUUUAUAACUGUUUCACAAAACGGCAACUUAGAACUUGUUGUGCAACGACUUUGCGGACACUUUGGUUCUUCGGUUCCUGGAUUUCAAAACGAAGUACAUGUGCUUCAAUGGAUGGAAACACUGAGAAAGGAAAAACCAAGUCCUUUAUUGUUGGUCCUGGAUGAUGUUUGGUCUGGAUCAGAAUCCAUUCUUGAGAGUUUUCAAUGUGAAAUGUCAAAUUACAAGAUUUUGGUUACAUCAAGAUCUGAAUUUCCAAGAUAUAGUUCUUCGUAUAACUUAAAGUUACUAGAAGAUGACAAUGCGAUGAAGCUUUUUUAUCACUCAACGGCAUUGGGAGAUAAGCGCUCUCGUACUCUAGAAGAUCUCUCGAGAAAGAUAAUAAAGCGUUGCAACGGAUUUCCACUUGCCAUUACAGUUGUGGGAAGAUCACUAGCUGGGCAACCUCUAGAGGUUUGGAGAAAAAGAGACACAGAAUGGUCUAAAGGUUCAUCUGUUUUAGAUUCGGAGACUAAAUUGUUUCUGUGCCUCCAAAGCAGCUUAGAUGCUUUGGAUAAAGGAUUGACAAUUGUGAAAGAUUGUUACUUGGACUUGGGAUCUUUUCCUGAAGACAAAAAAAUCCCGGUUGGUGACCUCAUUGAUAUGUGGGCAGAGUUGUAUGAACUAGAUGAUGAUUUUGUGUUUGCAUAUGUCCAUGAACUGUGCAACCGAAAUCUGGCUACUCUCGUGGACAAAAGACAUGUAUAUUUGAAGAUUGAGGGGGACGAUUAUUACGGUGGCCGAUUUGUUACCCAACAUGACUUGCUUAGAGAGCUAGCUAUUUACAACGCUAAGCUAGACCCGGUAGAAGAACGAAAGAGAAUAAUCAUGGAUUCAUGUGGAAAAAAUGUUCCCAAGUGGUGGAAGGAACAGACAUAUCAACUAGCCAACGCUCGCCUGUUAUCUAUCACAAUUGAUAAGGAGUUUUCAAUGGAAUGGCCCCAGAUUCAGCUACCAAAAGCUGAGGUUCUUGUCUUGGAUUCCCAUGAGUCCGAGGUUUCCUUACCCAAAUUUGUGGAGAAAAUGAAUGAAUUGAAGGUGGUGAUAAUCGUUGGUCAUCACCGUCAUUGGUUAGGUUACAUUGGUAGGUCAAAAAAUUUUGAACUGCUUGAACUGCUACCGAAUCUAAAGAGAAUCAGCUUGGACAACAUCCCAAUACAUAGCCUAACCAAGAACCGCAUGGAAUUGAAGAGUGUAAAGAAGAUAUCUCUCAAGUCAUGUCACAUCAAGGCACACCUGAACAAAGGGGGUGCUGGCAAAUUGUCAUAUGUUUUUCCGAAUCUAGAGGAAAUAAACAUCGACCGUUGCUAUCAGCCUGAAGAGCAGCUAGCGGAUUUCUGUAAUCUGAUUCAAUUAAAGAAGAUUAGUAUCUACAACUGUUGGGACCUACGUAGCUUGCCUGAAGAAUUUGGAAAUUUAGUGAACUUAGAAGUAUUGAGGCUAAGGAGCUGUAUUGGUCUGACGAACUCUCCUGGCUCAGUUAGGAAACACAAAAAGUUAAAUGUCCUCGACCUGUCUGGUUGCUACUGUAUUGAUGAAUUGCCUGAAGACAUUGGUGAACUGAGCAGUUUGAGAAAGUUGGACAUGAGGGGGUGCUUCGCAGUGAGGAAGCUGCCACCGUCAGUUUUGAAUCUUAAUCAGUUAGGUGAAGUAUUGUGCGGUGACGAUAAUUCACAUUUAUGGGAAGCCUGUCUACCCACUCUCACAAACCUACGCAUUAUGAAUUGAAUUUUCACCACGGUUGGAUCAGCGUUUUUGGGUUUUGAAUUGAACUUCACUAUCAUUUUUUUCGUACCUCGUUUAUCUGUUCUUUUGAUUGAACCAAAACUCUGUUCACUUC